UACUCGACGGAAGCACAAAUUAAACUCUCAACCCCGCAGACGUUGAAGAAUGCUUAAAGUUUGGAAAAACCGCGUCAGCUCCACGACGUAGGUCCCCAAUGCCAACAUUACUCUCUUACCCCAAAUCAUGGUUAUAUAACAAAGACUACUAUCAUCAGCAGCAACCAAAGUCUACGCCUGUCAUCUAUUUCGAGGACGGUAUAAGGCGAGGCGUUGAUGAAUCUGGCGAGAUUUCUCGGUUGUCACCUCCUUCAACUGAAUCAAUCUCCUCUUCAGCAGUGCCAAACUGGCACAGUUCGGAGCCCGUUACGAACUCGCAUGAAUCUACUUCUGCUUCAGACCCGAAGACAUUCGGUUUGCGAUUCCCAGCAGUAAGCCCAGCGUCAACUUCGAUGCAGCCCGACUCAGAUGACACCUCGACGACCGUUUUGAUUCCGUAUAUCGGUGGUCAUUAUCAUCACCAACCACAUUCGCCGGAAAAGUCAUCGUCAACUGGUUACUUGAGGAUCAGUCUCACUUUAUACCCCGAACAUCCCAAAGGUGAGGUCACAUGCUCCACUCUAAAGGCACGCCAACAGCAGAAUAUUAAUAGGAAUAUCUCAGUACCUAAAGACUUAAUGAAUCACAAGCGAUUCACCCUGAAUGAGCGGAAGCUAAAGUCUACGAUUGGCGGCCUUACUCCUUUGCCCGAAACAUAUCCCACAACUAAACCUCGAACCUAUCAGCAAUUAUAUACGCCUUCUCCAAGCUCACUCAUACUUUCACGCAAUAACUCUCCCAAACGCAUAUUUCGUUCAAUUCACUUCACUUAUGCUUCCCAACUAAUUCAUUUUACGACUCUCUUUCACAGGCUAACUAAGAUGUUUCGCAAUUCCAGUCGUGUGUCUCCUCUCCUCUUUUUCCAGGGAUCUCGGGUCAGACCGCCGGAAAACCAGACGUACCCACUAUACGAUGUUGCACCACUCCACCUCGCCGUAGACGACCAUCGCUCGCCAGCCGAGUUGUCAAAAAAACCAGCCAAGCAAACCCAGGGUGGCCGCAAUCUCGCUCACCGAUGCAUCCGCGAGUUAUUAAGCCGCGCCGUAAUGACCCUCGAGAAGCUUCAAGAGUUACUUCACCUAGCACCGGUGCAGGCGGGCCGGCAUGUCGAGGACAUGGGUAACCUCAUCGACUUCGACGACUAAAUUAUAUGAAUUUGUUAUUUAAUCGGCGUGCGGUGGCAACGCCUAAUUUUAUACCAUUUUGAAAUGAAUUUAAAUUUUUAGCUUUGUAGUUGUAAGCGGGUGGCUCGAGUCCGCCUUGUAUAUUUUUGAAUUUGUCACUUCUGGUACGACCACCGCCGCCGCCGCAUCGCAUUGUAACCUUACUUUAUUUUCCACGAACGCCACUCUGGCUAAUUAUUGUAUCGCAUUUUGAAAUUGUUCAAUUUUACAUUAACACCACUCUGGCUAAUCAUUGCAUUCCAUUAAUUGAAACUUUCUGCAAUCGUUACCGAAAUCCAUUAAAACGAGUUGUGAACAUAAAUCUAAACUUAAUAAAUAUUUUUGUAAGUUGAAUUGUAUCAAAAACCAA